AUGGGAGAUGCCAUUAUUGGACCAAAAAAUCAACGUUACAUUUUCAAGUUUUCUAAGAAUAAAACAAACUUAUUUGACGAUUAUGAUGAUAUCAAUGACAUUAACAAUGUUGAUAAUGAAGAUCAACAAAGCUUCUCUAAUAUCAAUGAUAUCGAAGAUAAUAAUGAUUAUCUAAUGACAAUGAUAUUAUUCACAAUAACUAUAAUAAUUUACCUGAUGCCAAUGUCAUCAGAAACAACAUAUCCGAAUCUGGUGGUGACAAAGCUGUUGAUAACAUCGUAUCCGAAUUUGGUGACAAUGCCAUUGAGUGAAGUUCCUUUCACAAUGAUCAAUAACGGUGACUUCGUUUUCGUUGUCCUAUAUCACCAAAUGAUAGCAAAAGAAAUUAAGGGUCAAUUGAAAAUUGAUGUUGAAGAUGAUGACAUCACUGUUACAGUUAAUGGAGAUUUUUUCGAAAUUGUACUGACAUUUCCAGAAAAGUAA